CAAAUGACCGUUUGAGAAAUAAUAACACCCUUCAAAAUUUUCAAAUUCUGAUAAGAAAAAAACAACACAAACAAAAACCAUACAUAAUUUCCGACAGUUUUUUUUUCAUCUCCAACAACAUUCUUAAACAACAAUUUUCACCUUAGAAAUUUUCAUUCUUCAACACACACAAAAAUGGUGUACUCAAACUCUAACUACACCCCCACAUACUACUCAACACUCCAUGAUUCAAUCACUUCUUUCUGCAAAACCAUUCUUCCUUUCAGCUUCAAGAAACGAUCUUUACAAUCUGCGGAACAUAAACUGUCAAAGCUACAAUCUGAUAACCUUAAAUGGCAGCAAGACUCUUUCCACCAAAUUUUGAACUUGAUGGGUCUUCACAAAGAAGGAAUUGUAGCUGAAACUGAAGUUUCAGCUUUCAAAACUCACUUGCUUGAAACCCUUAUCGCUUCGUCUUCGGAACAAGAAAAUCCGGUUAUAUUAAGAGAUAAGCUUCUGUUUUUGCAGGAACUGCUUUAUGCUAAGUGCAUUUCUGAAGAUGAUUACCAUUCUUCGAAAAGGCCGUUGUUACAAAGAUUGGCAGUGCAAGGAGUUCAGAUUCAAGCAAAGGAUGUGAUCGCAGGGAAGUCGAAGGAUGUGAAAGAGAAUUCUGAAGAGGAGUGGUCUGUGAUUGAUUUGAAGGAUGAUAAGAGUUUAGCAAACAAGGAGAAUUUGAAUUCUAAGGGAAAAUCGAAUCACGGGUCGGCUUUGAAACAGAUUAAAGGAUCGGUUUUGGGGUUUGUUUCUUCUAACAAGCAUGAAAAGAGUAUAUUUGAUUCACCUUCUUUGAAACAACAGAAUGAAGGUGUGUCAAUUCUAAUGGAGGAAAGUGGGCCUCCGGAACCGGGUUCGGAAAAGUCGAAAAGGAAACCGUUUAGGACUUUGUUUCAUAGGGAGCAGAGAGAGGGAUCUGAGGUAGAACAAAGAGGAGGGAAACCAGUGAAAAAGCAAUGGGGGUUUGAUGGAUUUAAGAAAGGGAAGAAAAUUGAAUUGGAUGAUGAUGAAACAGCUCCUUUGCCUCUGAAUCAGAGAUCUGAUAGUGAGGCUUUCUCAGCUUCAUCUCAGUCUUUUGCAAGGGGUGUUGGGGAUGGACCAGACACCAAGUUGAUCAAAAAGAAGUUGCAUUCUGAUGGUGCCCCAUCUGAUUUUUUCAUAGAUAAGGUUUUGGGAAACAACAUAAAGAAGGAGCUGUCAAGAAUUCAGACAGAACUCAGCAGCACAAAUCCAAAUCUAAAAUUUUCGAAUGAUCAAAUGGAAGCAAUAUCUACCAGGAUUCCAGUGGACAAGGCUGAUUUGAAAAACUACUUCCCCAAAUCAUGGUGUGAUCGAUAUGGUGAUGUUGUGUUGGAUGUGGUGAAGAAGGAAUUCAAAAACCAUGUUGAAGAAAUGGAACACAUGCGCGGCAUAGCAAAAGAAAAACACAGUGAGAACUCGAGGCAGUGGACAACAUUUGAUGAUGAUGAGAAUAUUCAUCCGAAUCUUUUUGUUCAUCGUGACAAUUCUGUUCGCAGUAGUAACAUCAAUCCAUUUUCUCAAAAUUAUUGAGAAUGUAUGGAAUUGAUUAAGCUGAGGUCUCUAUCAGCUUCUUUCUCCGAGCAAAUUUAUAUCAGUAGUCAUCAAGAUUUGAACUUUGAGGCUGUAUCACAACUCUUUAGAGUGUGUUCAACCUCUUGAACUACGCCUUAAGACCUCAUCUGGAGGAGUCUAAUACUGUUAUGUUUAGACUUUAUAAAACCAUAAAAAAAAACUUAAUUACUGUCUGAAUUAUCAAUAAUAGUAUUUUCAUGAUAUGAUAACUCUUUUCUGUAUCAAACAUCUAUGGUGUUUAGCUUGUCAUUUAAACUUAAGAUUUGACAAUCA